CGUGUGCAAAGCAGAGGAGGUGAAAGACGAGGCGGAGAGCAAAGCUGAUGGAGAGGACAGAGACGAGAGCAGCAAGGGAGAGGAGACGUGCUCCAGCACCGACACCUCAGACAAACCUGACAGCACCGGGCCAGACUCCCACAUGUCAGGUGACUUAUGCGCCCACGAUGCUACACUGGUUACCACGACGACGACAGCUGGGACAGGGACGGGGGUGGCGUCCCUCCACGUGGUCCAGGCGCGGCCCCUGUGGCCCCCCGGCCCCUCGCUGACGGCCCGCCUGCGCCGCCUCAUCACAGCCUUCCAGCGCUUCACGCUGCGCCGCGAGCCAAUGCUCCGGCAUGAGUUCAUGCUGCACGACGGUCUCGUUGGCAUGGCGAUGGGAGCCGGCGGCGCUCACGGUCACCACGCCGGGGGCCCGCUGGCGUGGCAGCUGGGGGAGGAGCUGAGGCGCUGCUCCGUGGUCGCCACGGAACCGGACCCCCUGUUCCUGGAGUGGCAGAGAAGGUGGACUCGUCGGGAACAGGCAGAUUUUUACCGCACGGUGUCCUCCUUCGGGGUGGUGUACGACCCGGAGAGGAAGUCCUUCGACUGGUCCCAGUUCAGAGCGCUGGCCCGGCUGGAGAGGAAGACGGACGAGAGUCUGGAGAGAUACUUCAACUCCUUCGUCAACAUGUGCAGGGCGGCCUGCAAGCUGCCUGCCAGGAAGGAAGAAGGUCUGGUGGACCCGGCGGUGCUGGUGGAACCUCUGACGGAGGAGCGAGCGGCGCGGACCCUGUACCGCAUCGAGCUGCUGCGCAAGAUCAGAGAGCAGGUUCUCCGUCACCCGCUGCUCUCCGCCCGCCUCCAGCUGUGCCGCCCCUCCCUCUACCUCCCGGUGUGGUGGGAGUCGGGCAAACAUGACCGCGACCUCCUGAUCGGGGCGGCGCGCCACGGCCUGAGCCGCACCGACUUCUACAUCCUGAACGACCCCCAGCUGAGCUUCCUGGAGGCCCACAGGAACUACGUCAGGGGCCACCCCUCCCACCUCCACCCUCAGACCCACCACUACCCUCACCAUCCCGGCAUGGUGACACACCCAGGCAUCUCCUCUUCCUCCACCUCGUCUCACCCGCAGCUGCCUCAUCCUCACUGCUGCCUGUAUGACUCCCCUCAGCCCCCCGAGUACCCCCACCAGUCCUCUCACCACCACCACCAUCAUCACCACCACCAUCACCCUGUGCCUCCUUCGUCUUCCUCUCACCUCCACCCUCUACCGUUGGACGCCCACAACUCCUCCUCACCUAGUCUGGGAAUAGUUCCUGGAUCGCGGGGGGACUUCCUGGACUGUCCUCCCCUGGAUGAGACUCUGGAGCUGGGCGCUCUGCAGCAUGAGGCCGACGCUCUGCACGGAGGGAAGGCCUCCAAAGACGCCCUCAACGGAUUCCCAUUCAACUCCGCAGCUGGAGGGCAGAGCAUGCUCAACUCGUACGGGGUCGGGGGGGCAGACCUGGACUCCAAACUGAGGAGUGACGUGCUCGUGGGGGAGCAGGGGUCCUCGGAGGAGACGGGGCUGAUGGCUCCAUCCGUGGAGCUCGAUCAGUUACAGGCUCCCUGGGAUGGUACAGACCACUCCAGUCCCGCUCACCACAUGUUCAACGAGUCCGAUCCCAUCCUGGGUCCCUCCACUCUGGAGCCCGGCUUCCUGGAGGAGGAGGACGAGGAGGCUCAGGGGGGAGACAGAGGAGGGGAGGAAGGGGGGACUCUGGAGGAAUGUCUGGGCCUCCCACCCUCAUCCUCUCCCUCCCACCCCUCUGCAGGAGACUCUGUGGAGCCGCUGUCCUCCAGUUACAUGCUCUUCAAGGACAUUGGUGUGAGCGAGGAACCCAGCGCAGAUCAGACCGAUCUGUCAGCGAGUCCCCCCCCUCCCUACGUCCCGCCUCCUCCCCUCUCUCUGUCUGACAUCACUGCUCCUCAUGAUAGGCUGGGACACUCUGAUGUCACUGCGAGCCUGACCAAUCCUGUGGAUGAGGAGGCAGGAGGACAGGAAGCGGGCACCGGGUUCGAGUUUGACGACAAGGAAGAAGAAGUGGAAGACUUGUCGAGGGUGCAGAACUUGGGGAAGCAAGGAGAUCAGAGCCUGGGAAGAGAGGAGUGUGAUCCAGAGCAAGAUGCAGACCAAAGUUUGGGAGGCUCGAAUUCGCCCAUGGAUGUAGCACAAAUGGACGGAAUAGGGCCGGACCCUAGCCUUGGGGAACAAGAUGAACAAAACCCUCAUGAGAAUCAUAAAGAGGGGUUACCACCUUAUCUGGGGAAGCUGGAAGAGCAGGGUAGUCUGGCGUGUCCCGAGUCGAUUGAAGAGCCCGGAGAGGAAGUGGACGGGUUCAUUUUGUACCAGGCGGUGGAGGAAGAGACCAUGGAGAACUCUUUGGACACUGACACCUUGAUGGGGAGCGCUACUGGAGAGGAAGAGGGUCCGGUGGAGUGCACCAACCUGGCGGAUCAGGUGGAUGAGAUCUCUGAAGGGCAUCACGUUUCUCUUAUGGACGAAACACCAAUGAAAGACGUCAAACCCAACAAGAUGGUGCUGCAGAGCAUUUACUCUGAAUACGCACCACCUUCCUGCCCUGAUGCUUCUGUCUCGACUCCUAAUGGAACAUUAAAGCCCAAUGACACCAGUACAAAAAGUUCUGGUGUAAAAACUGAUCAGGAAGACUACAUAGUUGAACAUCUGAACUUGCCAGAUGGCAGCAGAAACAAGAAUAGAGUCCUGACGUUUUCCCUUGAUCAGGACAGCAAAGUCAAUCUCCUGGAGCAGAAUGAAAUGGCUCUACCUUCAAACAGCAUUGAAACAAAGCCAUCUGGUCUGAAGUUCUCCCUUCUACCAGACAGAGGUGCUGAGAAGAAACAACAGCCACAAGAGCUGCCGGUUAAGUUAGAGGAAACAAAGACAGAAGCUUUGGACGUUUACCCUGAUAACUCUGAGCUCAAACACGGAAGAUUCCUUCCCUACCGUGUAAAGUCAGAGAACUCGGUGACCAAAGCCGAGCAGUUAGACUAUCCGGUCAAACCAGAAACUCCGGAGACCAAACCUGAAGAUCUCAGCCUGUCAAUGAAGACCGUAGACCAGAAACCAGAAGUUCUCCAGUUUGCAGCGUACUCUGAAAUCAAACCUGAAGCCAAACCAAUGGCUUAUUGUUUUGCCACUUAUCCAGAUGGAGUUAAGACUGAGACGGAGCCGGAGGACUUGAGUACGACAGCCUUUGUGGACAGGUCUGCCAUCAAGCCUGAAGCCAAGUCAGAAGGUCUGGAGUUUACUAACUACCCAGACAGCUCUGAGAUUAAACCAGAGGCGAAGCCGGAGGACCUGGCCUUCUCAUCUUUACCAGAGAUAAAAGCUGAGACCAAGCAGGAGCUGCUGGAGGCCGACAGCACCGUCCUAACCCCCAAGCUGGAGCAGGGGGAAGGGCUGGGGGACGCCCCGGAGAGUCUGGGGGGGAGAGGCCCAGUGAAGGAAGAGAGGCCGAGUACACCAGUGCCCCUGGUGGAGGGCUAUGGAGGCAGCCCCAGGUUUGCGGCUCCUAUUUCUGUGUGUGAGAUUCCCGACAGCCUCCACGACAGCCGGGAGCCGACCAUCGCUCAGCUGCUGCAGGAGAAAGCUCUCUACUCGUUCUCUGAGUGGCCCAAGGACCGAGUGAUCAUCAACCGCCUGGACAGCAUCUGCCACGCCAUCCUUAAGGGGAAGUGGCCUUCGUCCAUUGAGCAGUACGACUCCCCCGGCUCCAUGGUGGCCAACUCCUGCCUGGCCACCAGCAUCGCCCAGCACCACCAGCGAGCCAGCUUCCUCACUACCACCACCGCCUCCAGCUCCGUCCCCAGCCAGGCCAGGGGUCAGCAGACCAGCGCCGGGCUGGGCUUCUCCCUACCUCCCCCCCUCACAAGGCUGCCUAAGUACAUGUCGCGGGGCGGCGCAUGCGGGCGCGGAGCUUGGCGCCUCACCUCCUUACCUCUCUUACAGGAGAGGCUGGUGGCUCCUCCCUACCUCCCCGAGCUCAAACGAGCAGGGGGGCGGAGGUCCUUCGACUAUGAAGCCGCUGCUGCUGCAGCCAAGGUAUUAGGCGGGAAAUCGGCACCGUCAUGCCACACUGCCACCACCACGAGUUCCAGUGGUGCCUCUGCGGUGGUGGCUCCGCACUCUCAUCGCACGGGGGCCAUGUUGAUUAACGGCUGGCAGGAAACAGCCAUAGAUCUCACCAAGUCCUCCGGAGAAAUAAGCACCACCAGUGGCAUGGGGUCAGGAGGAGCUGUGGGACUCAGCGGUCACAAGCUGCCCCCUCCACCCCCCAUCACAGCGCCGCUCUCGGGCCCCGUGGGGAUCGACAUGGCCGGGAUCCUGCAGGCGGGGCUCAUCCACCCUGUUACGGGGCAGAUAGUUAACGGGAGCCUGAGGGGAGAUGACUCCCUGAGGAGGAGGAGAGGCAGGAGGAGAAACGUUGAGGCUCUGUACUCUGAGUUCACCAAGAGCAGAGGACUGCACCUCGCCGACACUCAGCUGCAGGGCCGGUUGGAUGUGAUCAGCCACUCCUCCGUCUCCUCCUCCACCUCCUCGCCGUCCCCUUCUCCUUCUGAACGACCCGCCGGCCCUCCAACACCGUCCUCCUCUUCUACGCCAACCCCCACGCAGACCCCCCCUCAGCCGGAGAUCGUGGCCAUCGACAGAGAGGCGGCCAGCAAAGGUCUGAUGGAGUGGCUGAGGCAGAACCCGGGCUACAGCAUGGACCUGCCCUCCUUCUCUCACGUGAGUCUGAUGUUUGUUUAACUGCUUG